AGACGCCACCAAGACCUCGACCUUGUGCCUCGUACUGUUGCCCACGCAUCAACAUAGACCAAUCCGCAUCGUGAAGCAAAGCACUCCGUCAUCAUGAGCGGCUCAUAAGAAGAAAGCCCCUCAUUGUACGACUGUUGUGGCGAGGAGGGGGGCUCUUCUCACGCCUGACGAUGGCCCCGUCGAUGGGUCGCAUUUCGGCAUCUCUCGUCUUGUCCAGUCGAUCGCCACGCAGAUUCUCCAGCAGCUCGAGCUCGCCAUCCAGGGCCGUAGUCACAAUGAACACGUACAGCGUCAGCAGCAGCAGCAGCAGCAGCAGCCAGCGCCAGUCCAGCGCGUCGUCGUCGCGCAGCUACCCCAAGGCCCUCGAGAAGCUCGCCCUACUACAGUCCAACCGCGCGACCACGCAGCUCUUCAACCGGCAACAGACGCCGUGCGAGCUCAAUGCCGCCGCCAUCCCCGAGAUGCUCGACUGGCUGCGCCGCGCCGGGUACGCGCCCGCGGACCUGGCCGGACUGCGGCACAUUCACGUUGCCGGCACCAAGGGCAAGGGCUCGGUGUGCGCCUACGCGACGGCCAUGCUGCGCGAGCACUACGGCGGCGGCGGCGGCGGCGGCGGCGGCGGCAACAGCGUGGGCACGUACACGAGCCCGCACCUCGUGAGCCCGCGGGAGCGCAUCGCCAUCGAUGGGGAGCCCGUCUCCCAGGACGUCUUCGCCUCCGCCUUUUUCGAGUUGUGGGACCGCUUCACCGCCGCCGCCACCAACACCGGCACAAUGUCCGCGGCAGAGGCCGAGGGCCCCGCGACGAAGCCCUUCUUCUCCCGGUUCAUGACCAUCCUCGCGUGGCAUAUCUUCCUCACGCGCGGGGUGCGCAACGUGGUGCUCGAGGUCGGCAUCGGGGGCGAGUACGACGCCACGAACGUGGUGCCCGCCGAGGCCGUCUCCGCGGCCGUCAUCACGCAGCUAGGCAUCGACCACGUCGCCAUGCUGGGCAAGACAGUCGAGGAGAUAUCGUGGCAUAAGGCCGGCGUCCUCAAGCCCGGCUUGACGGGGUUCACGCGGAGGCUGGCCGGUCAGCCCGACGUGAUGAAGAUGCUGAGGGCGAGGGCGGCGGAGAAGCAGGCCACGCUGGUCGAGGUCGACGACGAGGCUGUCGAGCGCUGGGCCGGCGUGCAGGGCUCCCUCAAGGGCGCGUUUCAGAAGUACAACCAGGCGCUGGCUGUGCUGGCCGUGCGGAAACACAUCGGUCUGCAGGACAGCAGCAGGAGCCCUGACGCGGCGCUGCUGCGCGACCUCUCGCCCGAGCUCAUCCGCGGGCUGCAAACCGCGAAGCUUCGGGGCCGGUGCGAGGUCAUGGACCAGGAGGACGCGAUAUGGCUGCUGGACGGGGCGCAUACGCACGAGAGCCUCGACGAGGUGGCGCGAUGGCUCGCCGCGUCGGUGCAGCCCGGCGAGACUUUGACGCUUGUCUUCAACCAGCAGGAGAGGAACGCGUCGCAGCUCCUCGAGUCUUUCCUAGCGGCCGUCAGGAGAGAGAUGGGUGGUCGGAGCAACGUGUUUAGCCAUGCGCUGUUCACGCGAAACGACCACGAGCCGACUCCACCCGGUGAGGUUGUCGACAUGGCCGUACAGGAUGCAGCGGAGGCGACGAUGAACGAGGUAGCGCCAGAGUGUCAGACGCAGAAGAUGACCAACAUAGCAGACACGGUCGCCGAGGCAAGGCGCAUCGCGGGGCAGCAGCAGGCUGGGCCGAAGCCCAAGGUGCUGGUCACGGGCAGCUUGCAUCUCGUAGGGGGUAUCCUGCGAGCCUUGGAGCCCGACGUCCUAUUGUAGACAACUCUUGGCACAUCAUUCAUAUAUAUAUAUACAUGUA